AUGGAUCAAACCUCGAAUGGCAUGGAGGCUAUGGACUCUAGGGAAGCCGAUUUCGAUGUCGAUGCUAUUUGUGAAAUUAUUAGGGUUCGUGUGUGUACUGGGCUUACUCGGGCUUGUAAGUUGUUGGGGUCGCUCGAUGACUACAUGAUGCACACGGGGAAGAAUGAAGAUCAGAAUAACUUGGUGUCCAACAGAGAUGUGAUCAAGGGCGUGCUCCUCCAACAAGCAGUUCAGGCUGUUGUGGCCACAAUCCUCUUUGUUUUAUUUCGGAAUGCUGAAAGCAACGCGGAGGUGAAAGCUUUGGAUGUGGAUGCAAUCCUUAUUUCCCACAUUCAUGGUAGAAGACCUCGGCAAAAACGUGUUUACCGAAACAUGGAAAUCGUGGCUGCAAGAGCACAUAGCCUCGACUGGCAAAUGCCUCUGGAGAUUCUGAUUAACCUGCUGAAAGAAAACAAUGUGGUGACCUUCAUUAAGGGUUCGAGGGGGCCCAUAGUGCAGGAAGUCGAGGCCGCGAGGAGCCUCAUCCGGAAUGUUGAAAGGGAAGAUCUGGCCAGGCUUGAGAGUGUCGAUAGGAAAACGAGGGGCAGAGACGUACCUCAACAAUUAUUCGGGAUUGUGCGGCAGAUACAGAGGACCAUGAUCCAUUUCCAGAGCAAGGAGCAGACGACAGAGGCGCUGAAGCUGUAG